AUGGCUAAUAUACUCGAAUUAAAGGCCCUUCUAGCCCCUCAGUCUGGUACAGCGGCCGCUGUGUCGUUCAUCACAUUUGUGCAAGACCUCAAACGCAAGACGAAAGCAUGGGCACCAAUGAUAGAACUUUGUGCGAGUGGAGAGAAGACUUUGGAACGAUUUAGAUACCAAUUCCCGGACGAUUGGCUGUAUAGCGACCAGUUGCGCGGCGAAUGGAGCGCUUACAACGAGAUUUUGAAACGGAAGAACGAUUCCAUCCAAGAACAACUAGCUGGCCUGCAGCUCAAGAUUGUCGCGGAGGACAAGAUUGUCGAAAACAAGAUUACGGACAUUCUUCAGGAGUGGGAACUCUCGCGUCCUGUUCAAGGAAGCUUGCGAGCGGACACGGCAUUGAACACGAUCAACGUCUUUGAGGGCAAAGUAAACCGUGUCCAAGACGAGUACGACCUCGUCUGCCGUGCGAAGGAGGCAUUGGAUUUAGAGCUGGUUCGACACAAUCGACUUGAACCAGUCAUCGAGGAGUUGCGCGACCUCAAAGCCGUGUGGACUGCCCUCUCCGGCAUUUGGAGCCAAAUCGCGGAACUGCGCGAUACUCCCUGGGCCUCUGUUCAACCUCGCAAGGUUCGACAGACCCUUGACGGCCUGCUUUCUUCAACAAAGGAAAUGCCCAACCGCAUGCGACAAUACGCGGCCUUUGAAUACGUACAGGAAACGCUCCGAGGAUUGCUUAAAUCAAAUGCACUGCUCUCCGAACUGAAGUCUGAGGGUGUCAAGGAGCGGCACUGGAGACAACUCUUCAAACUCCUCAGAGUGUCCAACCAGAUCACCCUUGUUUCUUUGACACUUGGCCAAGUAUAUGACUUGGGUCUCAAAAAGAAUGAAACUUUGAUCAAAGAGGUCAUCAUUCAGGCCCAAGGCGAGAUGGCUUUGGAGGAGUACAUCAAGCAAGUCAGAGAGACCUGGACCAAUUACACCCUUGACCUGGUCAACUAUCAAAACAAGUGCCGUUUGAUUAGAGGUUGGGACGAUCUCUUUGCCAAGUGUGCAGAAAACCUCAAUUCCCUCGUCGCAAUGAAGUUGUCACCAUACUAUAAAGUCUUCGAGGAGGAUGCAGCGUCCUGGGAAGAGAAGUUAAACCGUAUCCACGUCCUCUUUGAUGUAUGGAUUGACGUACAGCGUCAAUGGGUGUAUCUCGAAGGCAUUUUCUCCGGCAGUGCAGACAUCAAACAUCUGCUCCCCUGGAGAAAGGUCUACAAAUCUCCCUUUGUCAUGGAUGUGCUAGGCAUCCAAGGCAUUCAAAAGAGUCUGGAGCGUCUGGCAGAGAUGCUCAACAAGAUCCAAAAGGCACUUGGAGAAUAUCUCGAACGUGAGCGUGCUUCAUUCCCGCGUUUCUACUUCGUCGGGGACGAGGACCUUCUCGAAAUUAUCGGCAAUAGCAAGGAUAUUCUCCGCAUUAUGAAGCACCUGAAGAAGAUGUUUGCUGGAAUCUCCACCAUGCAGCUCAACGAGGAGCUGACGGAGAUCUUGGGCAUGUCUUCUCGUGAGGGAGAAACUGUCUUCUUCACUGAGCCUAUUCAACUCAAAGAUUUCCCGAAAAUCAAUGACUGGCUUGCGAAGAUCGAGUCCGAGAUGCGAGUCUCGCUUGCCCGCUUGUUGACGAGUGCUGUAGAAGGCCUCGGCGAAUUUUACAAUGUCGAGGGACUCACAGAUCCCUCUCGCUUCGUCGAAUGGAUAAAGGCCUAUCCAGCUCAACUAGUCACUCUCGCAGUUCAGGUGGCGUGGACGACCGACGCAAACUCUGCACUGGAAUCUGGACAAGUCCCACAGUCUGCAUUGGAAACAGUUCUACGCGGCUUGGAACUGCUGGCCGACGUUGUGCUCACAGACCUCGAUGCGAUUACACGUCGUAAAUGUGAACAUCUCAUUACAGAGCUCGUGCAUCAGCGAGACGUGACGAGGACCCUCGUCGUCGGCAAUAUUACGAACCCAAAGGACUUCCAGUGGCUCUAUCAGAUGCGUUUCUACCUGGACACCAACAUCAAGAACCCUCUGGAGCAACUUAGCAUCCGAGUAGCUAACGCCACGUUCCCUUACGGAUGGGAGUACUUGGGUGUCCCCGACCGUCUCGUCCAGACUCCGUUGACGGAUCGCUGCUAUCUCACACUGACACAAGCUCUGGAUACUCAACUUGGUGGUUCGCCAUUUGGACCCGCAGGCACAGGCAAAACCGAGUCAGUCAAAGCCCUUGGUGUCCAGCUGGGUCGAUUCGUCCUGGUGUUCUGCUGCGAUGAAACCUUCGACUUCCAGGCUAUGGGUCGCAUCUUCGUCGGCCUAUGUCAAGUCGGUGCUUGGGGAUGCUUCGACGAGUUCAACCGGCUCGAAGAACGUAUCCUCAGUGCAGUGUCACAACAGGUCCAGAGCAUCCAGCAGGGCCUUGCUGCACUCGUGACCAAUCCCAACGCGGAAAUUGAGCUCGUCGGCAAGCAGCUUCGUAUCAACAAGAAUAUUGGCAUUUUUAUCACUACCAAUCCGACAUAUGCCGGUCGAUCAACGCUUCCUCCAAACUUAACCAAACUCUUCGUCCAAUGGCAAUGA